UUUACAAUAUCAGGAGGUGAGCUGUGGUGGGUAGGGAAACCAAAGGGUGUAUUCACACUAGACGUGUUUUGGAGCCAGUGACCGUUAGGCACCGGAGACCGUCGAUUAUAUCUAUAAGAGUAACUUCCCUUUGUUUAAAAUUGCCAUUUGUACUGUUUAUAGUAGCGAUUCUCGGGUACUCGGGUAAAGUCUUAUAACUAAGAAGCUGGCUGAGCGAAAAACAAAUCGGAUACAACAGUCUAAGGGAGUUGGUGCUGUCCAGACUGCAAAAGAAAACCAAAAAAAAAAAAAAACCUAUUUGAAAAAUAAACAUUGACUGAAAAAAUCUCUUGGGAGCAAAUAAAGAUAAGACCAAAAUGAAAUAAUAGAACAAAACAAUGAUGAAAAGAAGAACAAAAAAAGUAAAAGCAAGUACAAAUAUUGCAAGUGACAACACAAUUAAAGCAGGUAAAAAUGUUAUAAAUAAAGAUCCGGAAGAUGACAAUAAAAUCGGAAUUGAAAAUACCACAAAAAGAAUGAGAAGAAAGAGAAAGUCUGCAACAACAAAUACACUCACAAAAGAGAAAAUUCCAAGAAUUGCAAAACAGAAAACCAAAGAAGAAGAAAGCCAGAAAGACAAAGAAAAAAAUGAUCCACAAAACUCGGAUGAUCAAGCCAAAAAAACAGAAAUGAAAACAGACAGGAACAUUUGUAGGAUAAAUAAAAGAAAAAAUGCACCAAAGCAGCGAAUUCCAAAAGAAGAACAAGUUGGAAAAACAAAAUAUAUGACAUUAAGAUCAACAAUUGGUCUUAAUUUGACCCGUAAGACAAACAAUGAACAAAGUAUGGACAGGCAAAAAGAAGAUAAAGUUGAUCAUACAAAAGACUCAGAAACUGAUAGUAACAGUGAAAUAUAUAUAACACAUAAAGUUCUCAAUGACAAAAAACUUAGGGAAGAAAACGGUAAGAUUGAUAAGAAAGAAAAGAUACAAAGUCACAAAAAGAAAGACCAAGCAACAGAUGAAAAAACAAGACCAGCACAUGUUAAAGAAACUAAAUUUGAAUGUGAGGUUGAUCAGAAAGAUAAUGGGCAAAGUUACAAAAAGAAUUCAGAAGGUAACAAAAGAAGACGAGCACAUGUAGAAGCAACAAAAUUUGAAUGUAAUGAUGAACAGAAAGAUAAGAGACAACAUGACAAAUUAAAAAAGGUUUCGAAAGUUUACAAAACAAGACAGGCACAUGUAGAAAAAACUAAAAGUGUGGUUGGUCAGGAAGAUAAGAGACAAAGUGACAAAAACAAACAUGGACCAAAAGAUGAAAAAACUGGACCAGCAUAUUCAGAAGAAACUGAUCAUGAUAGUGGCAUUGGUGAUAAAAAUAAGAAAAAUGAUCGAAAGGGUUAUAAAACUAGACUAGAUGAUGCGUUUGAUCAGAAAAAUAAGAAACAACAUUACAAAGUGAAACAUAAACCUGAAGACGAUGAAACUGAACGAGCACAUUUAGAAAAACUAAAUAUGAAAGUGAGGUUGAUCAGAAAGAUAAGAAACAAAGUGGAAAAAAGAAAAAGGAAUCAAAAAGGUACAAUAUUGCUCGACAGACAAACCAAACAUGAAGGUGAAUGUCAGGACAAAGAAAAGAUAAAAAGUGUCAAAAAGAAACAAGGACCAAAAGAUGAUAAAGCUGAACGAGAAAAUUGUGAAGAAUCUGAAUAUGAAAGUGAAGUUGAUGAACAAAAACACGAGAAAAUAACUAAAUUAGCACCUUUACACGAAGCUGAAAAUGACUGUGAAUUAUAUAAGAAAGAUAUGAGACAACAAAACAAAAUGAAAAAUAAACCAAAAGAUGAUAAAAAUAAACGAGAACAUAACAAAAAGAAAAAUGAAGCAAAAUAUGAUAAAACUAAACGAGCACAUUUCGAAGAAUCUGAAUAUGAAAGUGACAUUGAUGAGAAAGAUAAGAAACAUAAACCAAAAUGUGAUAGUACUGGCCAUUUACAUUUAGAAGAAUCUGAAUAUGAUAGUGAAAAUGAUGAGAAAGAUAAGACACAACGUGAGAAAAUGAAACAUCAACCAAAAGAUGAUAAAUCUAGACGAAAACAUUUAGAUGCAUCUGAAUAUGAUAGUCAAGUUGAUAAAAUAUAUCAGACACAUAGUCACAAAAUGAAACAUGGCAAAAAAGAUGAUAAAACGAAACGAAAACAUGAGAGAAAUAAAUUUGAAGCAAAAGAUGAUAAAACGAAAAAAGAACAUUUAGAAGAAUCGGAAUAUGAAAGUGGGGUUGAAGAGAAAAACAGGACACAAAGUGACAAAACGAAAUGUGAACCAAAAUAUGAUAGUACUAGAAGGGCAAAUUUAGAAGAAUCUGAAUCUGAAAGUGAAGUUGAUGAGAAAGAUAAGAGACAAUGUGACCAAAUGAAACAUCAACCAAAAGAUGAAAAAAAUCAACGAGCCCAGUUAGAAGAAUCAGAAUAUGAAAGUGAUGUUGAUGAGAAAGAUAAAAAAAAUGAACCAAGAUGUGAUAGUACUGGUGAAGUACAUUUAGAAGAAUCUGAAUAUGAUAGUGAAAAUGAUGAGAAAGAUAAGACACAACGUGAGAAACUGAAACAUCAACCAAAAGAUGAUGAAUCUAUACGAGAACAUUUAGAUGAAUCUGAAUAUGAUAGUCAAGUUGAUGAAAAGGAUCAGACUCAAAGUAACAAACUGAAACAUGGCCAAAAAGAUGUUAAAACGAAACGAAAACAUGACAAAAAGAAACUUGAAGCAAAAGAUAAUAAAACUAAAAGAGGACAUUUAGAAGAAUCUGAAUAUGAAAAUGGGGUUAAAGAGAAAAACAGGACACAAAGUGACAAAAUGAAAUGUGAACCAAAAUAUGAUAGUACUAGAAGGGAAAAUUUUAAAAAAUCUGAAUCUGAAACUGAUGUUGAUGAGAAAGAUAAGAGACAAUGUGACCAAAUGAAACAUCAACCAAAAGAUGAAAAAAAUCAACGAGCCCAGUUAGAAGAAUCAGAAUAUGAAAGUGAUGUUGAUGAGAAAGAUAAAAAAAAUGAACCAAGAUGUGAUAGUACUGGUGAAGUACAUUUAGAAGAAUCUGAAUAUGAUAGUGAAAAUGAUGAGAAAGAUAAGACACAACGUGAGAAACUGAAAAAUCAACCAAAAGAUGAUAAAUCUAGACGAGAACAUUUACAUGAAUCUGAAUAUGAAAGUGACGUUGAUGAGAAAGAUAAGAAACAUAAACCAAGAUGUGAUAGUACUGGUCAGGUACAUUUAGAAGAAUCUGAAUCUGAUUGUGAAGAUUAUAGGAAAGAUAAGACACAACGUGACAAAAUGAAACAUCAACCAAAAGAAGAUAAAUUUAGACGAGAACAUUUAGAAGAAUCUGAAUAUGAAAGUGGGGUUAAAGAGAAAAACAGGACACAAAGUGACAAAAUGAAAUGUGAACCAAAAUAUGAUAGUACUAGAAGGGAAAAUUUUAAAAAAUCUGAAUCUGAAAGUGAAGUUGAUGAGAAAGAUAAGACACAACGUGACCAAUUGAAACAUCGACCAAAAGAUGAUAAAACUAAACGAGGACAUUUAGAAGAAUCAGAAUAUGAAAGUGACAUUGAUGAUAAAGAUAAGAAACAUGAACCAAGAUGUGAUAGUACUGGUCAGGUACAUUUAGAAGAAUCUGAAUAUGAUAGUGAAAAUGAUGAGAAAGAUAAGACACAACGUGACAAAAUGAAAAAUCAACCAAAAGAUGAUAAAUCUAGACGAGAACAUUUACAUGAAUCUGAAUAUGAAAGUGACGUUGAUGAGAAAGUUAAAAAACAUAAACCAAGAUGUGACAGUACUGGUCAGGUACAUUUAGAAGAAUCUGAAUAUGAUAGUGAAAAUGAUUGGAAAGAUAAGACACAACGUGUCAAAAUGAAACAUCAACCAAAAGAUGAUAAAUCUAGACGAGAACAUUUAGAUGAAUCUGAAUAUGAUAGUGACGUUUAUGAGAAAGUUAAAAAACAUAAACCAAGAUGUGACAGUACUGGUCAGGUACAUUUAGAAGAAUCUGAAUAUGAUAGUGAAGAUGAUUGGAAAGAUAAGACACAACGUGUCAAAAUGAAACAUCAACCAAAAGAUGAUAAAUCUAGACGAGAACAUUUAGAUGAAUCUGAAUAUGAUAGUCAAGUUGAUGAAAUAUAUCAGACACAAAGUAACAAAAUGAAACAUAGCCAAAAAGAUGAUAAAACUAAACGAGAACAUGACAAAAAGAAACAUGAAGUGAAAGAUGAUAAAACUAAAAUCGAACAUUUAGAAGAAUCUGAAUAUGAAAGUGGGGUUGAACAGAAAUACAGGACACAAAGUGACCAAAUAAAACGUGAUCAAAAUAAUGAUAGUACAAGAAGGGCAAAUUUAGUAGAAUCUGAAAGUGAAGUUGAUGAGAAAGAUAAGAGACAACGUGACAAAAUAAAACAUCAACCAAAAGAUGAUAAAACUAAACGAGCACAUUUAGAAAAAUCUGAUUAUGACAGUGAAGUUGAUGAGGAAGAUAAGAGACAACGUAACAAAAUAUAUCUUGAAACAAAAUACGAUAAUUCUAGACGAGAACAUUUAGAAAGAUCUGAAUAUGAAAUUGAAUCUGAUAAAAAAGAUAAAAGACAACAUGACCAAAAGAAACAUGAACCGAAAGAUGAAAAAACUGAACGAUCACAUGAAUCUGAGACUGAGGUCAAUAAAAAAAAUAAAAGGCGUAGUGACAGUAUAAAAAUGCAAAAACCAAAUUAUGAAACUAAAUCAAGUGAAACAGAAAGUGAUAAUGACUUUCAAACAGAAAGUGGAAGGUAUAGAAAACAAAAGGACCGGACUAAUUAUAAAACACAUUAUGACAUGGUAUAUGAAAGUAAAACAACAAAAAACAGAAAACGAAAAUACAGUGAAGAAAAUGAUGAAAUUGAUGAAAUUAAAAAUGAUAUCAAAAAUGAAAGUGAAAGUGACAGGGAUGAUAUUAUUAAAAAGCUAAAUGAAAUGCAUCAAUUUUAUAUCACAUUGACUAAAGCAGAAUGGUUAGAAUAUAGGCCGAAAGAUGACCACGAAAAUGCUGUUAAACCUAAGAUGUCAAGAGGAUGGACAGAUUUGAUUUAUGACAAAAUAAACAUGAUAAUUCCAACAUGCCCCCUGAAGACCAGUUAUCACAACAUAAGUAAAAUGAAGCAAAGGAGUGCUCGUUAUUUAACAGGAGAAAUCAUUUGUAAGCAUGAGAAAUGCGCAAAAUUUAACAUUGAAAUCAAGGACGAGCCAAGUGAUGAAGACCUAGUAAUAAGGAUAAAAGUUAGAUUGACAAGGCCAAUCAGAAAUCACGCAGCCGGCAAAGUGGAACCAAAGAAGCGAAAAUUAACGGGGAAAAGGAGGCAGAAAAUGAAAGAGUCUUUAAAAAAGUCAACCGCUUCAAAUUUACAUUAUUCAAUAUUUGGCGAAAUGAAAGAAGAAGAGAUACAAUUUGGAAAUUAUACAAAGUGUCAAACCGAAGAAAUAUUAAGAAAAUUGAAAAGUGAAGUUAACAAGGAUGACAUAUUGCAUCCCGAUCCAUUUACUGAAUUGGUAAUAGUCAAAGAUGUGAUAGAUUAUGUAGCAAAGUAUGAUGGAGAUGAUUGGGGAUAUAUUAAAGAAUUGAGUUAUGAUCCAUUUAUGGUCACCAUGUACACACCGUUAUCGGUAGAAGUUGCAAAGAAAGCCGUCUCGAAAGGAGAUGGCGUUUUUCAUUUUGACGCUACUGGAUCGGUUGUAAAAAUGCUGUCAAAGAGGAAGGUAUUUUAUUAUGCACUUGUGGUGAAAAAAGUGGAUAACAAAACCGCAUCUGUACCUGUCCUGGAGUUUUUAAGCAAUAACCACGGAACAUAUCACUUGUGUCGGCCACUACAAGUAUUUUUUUGUCACUUAGGUAAAAGUCUCCCAAAGACAAUCAUAGUAGACUUUUCUUGGGCUCUCAUUCACAGUGUCUUACUCUCCGUGAAUAUAAUGGACAUUCAUACCUACUUAAGGGCAUGCUAUGAAGUUGUUAGAGGGAAAAGAGAGAAAACGUUUACAGUUGUUUACUUGUGUUCAACACACAUGCUAAAGGCUGUGAGAGACAAUAUGAGAGAUAGAGUCAGGGACAAAGCACUUCGACAUAUUGCCUUGAGAGUAUUUGCAAUGAUGCAAAAUGUAACAAGUAUUCACCAGUCUAGGGCCCUAUGGAAGAUAUGGUGUGUAGUGUUUGGCAGCCGAGAAAUGACGGCAGAGGUGCAAUCCAGAACUGAGGAGCUUCUGAACAUCCUAAAAAUGGCAGACGUCAAUGCGCUUGAUACUGACUUGGUGUGUGACAUAGAUAAGGAAUCGGACGAUGAGUUGUUGCCUGUAGUGGCGAGAAAGGGGCCGAUAAGGGAGCAGUCUCCAUUUAGACCCCUCUACCAGAAUUAUAUUCCCGAACAAGACACUAAUGUUACAAUAUCUAACAAGUACUAUAAUCUUGAGGUAUUGGAGAUGAUGGUAUCGAAUUAUUUACCGUUAAUUCCCUUAUGGAGUGGAAUGAUGUUACAGGACGAAACACGGGAGAACAACGCGCCAGUGGAGAGUUGGAUGGGCGUGCUGAAGAACAGUGUCAUCCAGGAAGAGCGGUCUUUAAGACUUGCAAAGUUCGUAUGGAUGAUAGGUCCAGUGCUUAAAGGUCGUCUGAGAAAGCACCAACAGCACCAAAAGACUGAGCCUCCACGAAAGAAGGCCAAAUUUGACAGUGAUGAGGCAGACAGGGCUGAAGAGGGAUGGAGACCAAAGCGGGGACGAACAGUUAAAACGAAAGAACAGACAGGUGUUUAUUAUGAAACCAAGGACCUACCUAAACCUAAAGGAACUACAAACAGAGUCAAUGUGAAAGAAAAAAAGAAGACUCAGUCAAAAAAUCCUCGGUUUCAAAAAAAACGCGUUGUCCCUGGAAUAGUAAAUGUAAGAAACACAUGCUGGCUGAACUCAGCGUUACAGUGUUUGGCAUCUCUACCAGGAUUUAUGUUGGAAGAUCACCACCCUUUGCCAAGUACUGUUCAAGAUGUUCUUGUUAUGAUAAGAACGGCAACAUUCAGUGGAUUAGAUAGAAUAAACCCUGAAGACCUCAGAGACAUAAUAGAGACGGAGCUUCCAGACAUGCCACUUGGUGAAGAACAUGACUCAGUCCACUUUAUAUCAGAAGUGAUGCAGAAAAACACACCUUCAAAGACUGGCUUUGAAUUUAAGAUACAGUCAACACGUAUAUGUUACCGUUGUAAUCGGCCAAGGAUUUCUUCAGAGGAUGCGAACAUACUUACUCUUGAAAUACCACGGAGAGAAAUUAGAGACUACCCUUCCAUAGUUGACUGUCUCAGAGAGUUCGAGAAAGAGGAAGGUCUUACGUUGGAAAAUGACAAUGCCCCGAGAUGUGACAGUUGUGAAAUGAAUACCAACACAGGCUUAUCACUCAAAGUAAUUCAUGUCAGAAAAGGCCUUUUCAUCCAACUGAAACGAUAUUUCGCUAAUACUACAGACAGUGGUCGUGUAAAAAUAAGAAAAGACUCAAACCCUGUGCGCUUAAAUAGAUUUGUUACUAUAAGUGGUGUUGGAUUUUAUCGGCUCUAUGCUGUUCUCAUUUAGUGUUUACCUUGGACAACGAUUGGCAAGUUCGCAAGUGCAAUGAUACUAGUAUUGAAGAGGUAGACUCCAGUGUUCUUGGGAAAAA